UUUGCUCGCCUCGUCCUGAUCAAAAACACCGACGGAGUGAGCAAGGCAGGAAGCAAGCGACGACGUCAAAACCACCAAACUCUUCUUCGUUUUAGUGACUUUUUAACCGAGCAGCUACCGAACCAGCGGCCCCGGAGACGUUAGAAAACAGUUUUAAUUACGUUGAGCUGCUUUAACGUCGCCGCGACUCCGGUUUUUAGCGCCGUUAGCUGCUGACUGACGCAAAAUGCCAUCAGAGAAAACAUUCAAACAAAGAAGGACGUUCGAGCAGCGAGUAGAAGAUGUGAGGCUGAUCCGAGAGCAGCAUCCUAACAAGAUUCCUGUGAUCAUUGAGAGAUAUAAAGGAGAAAAGCAGCUUCCCAUCCUGGAUAAGACGAAGUUCCUGGUGCCGGAUCACGUAAACAUGAGUGAACUCAUUAAGAUCAUCAGGAGGCGCCUCCAGCUGAACUCCAACCAGGCCUUCUUCCUGCUGGUUAAUGGACACAGCAUGGUGUCCGUGUCGGCGGCCAUCUCUGAGGUGUACGAGCGCGAGCGGGACCAGGACGGUUUCCUCUACAUGGUCUACGCUUCCCAGGAGACGUUCGGCGCUGCCCCGUGAACGGUCUUCCAGCUCUCUUCCAUCUGGCCCGGCGAUUGGACACCUGUAGUUUCUAGUCUUCCCCUCCCACAGUUCCCAUCAUGUACCUCUUUAGUCUGGUAGUGCAGGUCCAAAAAGGCUCGAGCUUUUAAUCGUGGUUUAGCUCAACUGUAAAACUCCCAGAACCUCCGAUUUUAGAGAACGCCGUCAGCGACUCGGUGUUGUCCUCUCCGGUUGGCGGCUGUUACUUCAGUGUUGUUCCUCCCGUGUAAAUACGUUUCCGGCCCCUCCUGCUCAUCCAUCAGAUCAUCGGAGACUAGAGAGUAGAGGGUCCGGAUCCAGGUUCUGUUUUUAUUAGAGAUUUUUAUUGGAGUAGAUUUUUAACAUCUGCUGCGUCUCACCAUUCCCUUCCCGGUCCUGCUCCGGCAUUUUUAAUUUUUCCUUCCUGCCUCCAAGCCUGAAGCAUCUUCCCUGUAACGGAUGUCUGAAAGUCGCUUUGCUCUCAGAACACAAGAUUGUAGUUUACAGAAAAUCUAUAGAAGUCUUUAUGAAGCGAUGCCUUGGCGGUCAGACGACGGUGACUUAAAACACCGUGGUGAGUGAAACCCAGUGGGAGCUGGGUCUGGUGUCGCGUCCUCUUCCUCGCAUCGUUCCCGAGUUCUCCCCAGCGGACCGAGCGGAUCUGUCCGGGUUCGGGGGGUCGUGUGACUGCUCUGUGGCUUUUUAAGGGCUGCUGCCCGUCUGAAAGCAGAUCUUCACCACCACCACCACUUCCUGUGCUGUUGUGCUCCUCCUCUUCAUCACCGCCAUCAUAACACAUUGAAGUUUAGCUGCUUUAUAUUAAGGUAUUAUCGUUUCGGUUCUUUUAUUUCAUGUGAUUUUACGUCUUUAAUGUCUGCAGUUUGGAAAUGUGAUGCCAAUGCUUUUACACGCACACACACACACACAGCCUACUUUAUGUAUUUAUGUUGGUAUUUUGUAAACAAUAAAUAGAAAUGACAAAAAUGA